UGACAUAGCCGAGGAAGCUGGGGUUAGUAUGAGCGUAAAAAUGGCUGACAAGACGCCGAAGGAGAGCGAUAAUCAGUUUGCCAAAAGGAUAAACCCGACUAAAGAAGAACUUUCCACAGAACAGCGGCAUUUUGUCAGACAAAUGGAGAUCGAGCAGUGGAAAACAAGAACACAUAAAUUGAAGAUGCGAAAUGGCCUGACAGGACUUGCUAUUGCAGCAGUCGCUGUGGGCAUCUACGGGUACACGUUUUACUCUGUGUCUCAGGAGCGGAUCAUGGAUGAAAUUGAUGACGAAGCCAAACGUGCAAAACUACAUGUACCAAAAACUGCAGCUAACUGAACAAGUGUAGAUCCUGUUGUGUGUCCCUGUUAAUGUCCCGUACUGAUGUAAGAGAGGAGACUGCUGCAGAUGACCUAUUCUGUGACUGGCCAUUGUUUUUCCUGUUAAGGCAACUCUGGAUUUUGCGCUGACUUGCUUGUU